AUCCAACCAUCCAUCUUUCUUGCUUUCUUUCUAUAAGUUCCACAAGGUAGUUCAGCUUCAGCCGUGCCAGGUACAAUAUACUGUGGGGCAGAGGCAGAGAAAGUGACUCUAUGCGUUAAAUAUGAAAAUAUAUAAUGGCAUAAUGUGUUCAGUAUGCAUAGUUGAAGGAAACCAUAUGAAAGCGGGCAGACAAAGAACCUUCUGUGUUUUCCACUCGUCCACUCCCCCUUUCCCCCCGUUCACUCUCCGAGACUGGAGAGAGGAAGAGGAAGAGAGGGAUCGAGAGAGAGAGAGAGAGAGAGAAAGAGUGGGGAAAGAGUGACAGAAUGCAAGAACAGAAGUGAUAGAGAGAAAGAGAAGCAGGAGAAGGAGAAGAAAAGAACGCGGGAAGAAAGGGAGUGAGGGAGGAAAGAGGAGGAGGAGGAGGAGAAGAACAGUAGGAGGGUCUGGUGAGGGGGCUGAACGAACAGGCUGUCAUCUCCAUACACACACACUUACACAUACACACACACACACACACUGCAGAGUGCAGGAGAGCUCAGGUGAGAGAGGACAAGUAGAGGCCAUUCUGAGUUCUUCUCAACUCCAAUGGAAUUUUUGUAGGACAUUCAAGCCAAAAUAGAAGUUCAGACACCCUACUUUGUCUGGAUAAACCAUCUGCCUCAGCUGCCUCGUCUCAUCGGACCUAAUCUGAAGAGAACAAAUAAACCAUCGCCAUCGGCUUUGGCUCUGAUUGAAGGAGCACGGACCUCAACGGAACCACCCAGAGCGAAUCUGUCAACAGCGUGAGGAUACGGAGGGAUUAUAGCAUCAGGGAUCUGUUUAUAAUACUAAUGUAUACGAUAAAUCCUUGUUGAAACGAGAAUGCUCUGCUCUGUUCUGAGCGCUGACAUCGGGAACGUUUGGGUGACCUUUCCAGCUGAAUGGUGGUUUCAUGUUUGUGAGAAAUUACAGGAAGCUGUGAAACGUUGCCUUUCUUUUCAGACAUUGUUGAAAGAUUUCAGCGGCAAGGGGCGUGCACGUGUCUUUUGAGGAGCGCAGCCAACCUUCUGAACGUCGCUCGGCUUUGAAGGGGGUCGUUCAGGGACUGGGAGACUGGACUGAGAGAAGAAAGAUAGAAAGAAAGAAAAAACAGACAGACGAAAGACAAAUUUCUGGAUCGUUUGUUAAGGAAAACAGUCCUAAAACUGAAGAUCGGAUGGUGUUUCAGCCUUCGCAUCGCGAAUUGUGAAAUUUCCUUGGCGUUCUUCCAUGGGAACGGAUCCAGGGUGCAUUAGAGAGACUCAGAGUGAGAGUCUGUGGGAGAGUCGGCCAUGACGGUCCAGUUAGAGCUUGAGUAAUAUCGUGUGGAGUUUAACGCAAAGCAAACGCGUGGCUUUUCAACACAUCUCUAUCUCCUCGGACGGAUUACUCCAGAGAGAGAGAGAGAGAGAGACCUCUAAGCAGAUGUAGUGGGUGGAAGCUUUUUUUUUUUCCUUUUUUCCCGCAAGUCCAAAGAGCUAGAAACCCCCCUCCCAUCUGAGCCACUCUGACCUCCAGUCAGAAACACAAACACAAAGCUUCGGUCAAGCCUGGACAGGCAGAGAAGCAAGCAGACGAGACGCUACAGACCACAAGACGCUUCCUCGCUCUUAAAACUCCUAAACUAAUAACCUCCGCUGAACUUUCUCCAGCCUCGGGCCAGGAGGAAAGGAUGGAGCAGGAGCACGACCCCAUCAGGAGAGGUGUCAGCUGGUCAGGGCCCGGGGCUACCACGCUGACCACGCUGGGAAGAGCCGAAUUGCAGGAAACCCACGAAGAAGUGAUCUCCUGUGGGGAAAGCGAGGACAGGACUAGCCCUCAUGGAUGGGAGAAGGAGAAGCACAGCUGGGUCAAAGUGAAGCCAGCCCUGACCUCUGGCUCCAGCCGGCUGGGGCGCAAAACAAACCUCAGCCGAAGUGCCAGUCUCUCAGAGAAGGAGCUGAAGGAAGCACGAACACGAAGUCAGAUCAUUGCUGCACAGCUGACCAUUUCGUCCAACCCCAACUCCAGAGGCGUCCAGCUUUUUAAUCGACGGAGACAGAGGGUGAAUGCCUUCACAUUAGUGAGUGUAGGAGGAGGAGGCAACAACGAGUCCAGGAAUGAACCGUACUCUCCUGCUUCAAGCACAUUGACAUGGGACAGAGACCACUCGCCUGACAACCAGUUCAAAGACUCACAGAAUCACAGACGCAGUCAAACGCAAGUCCUGCAGGGACGUGACAUGGAAGCAGGGGAGGUAGAGCGUGAGCUGGCAGAUGUGGAGGACAGUGCAGGAGACAGACACUUUCUCCCUGUAAAUGAGAAGGAUGAGGAGAUACUUGAAGAAGCAAAGGAUGAGGUUACCUCUCUUGGCGACAGUACCACUGCAGUUCUUGAUCAAGAUGAACGAGAGGAACUGGAAUUAAAAGCAGAGGCUUUUAAAGACAUGCCGAACGGCUGCCACAGCGCACAACCCAAUGGAGAUGCAUCCAAGCCAAUGGCAAAGCAGCCAACCAUCGUGAACAGGACAGCUCGACCCUUUUUCUCUCCAGCCACGGUGACCAUGGCUAGUUCUGGGAGUCCUGCUCCAGACAUCCCUCCAGCACUCUCCUACUCAACUCCUCCACUUACCUCUAACCAGGUACCACUCAGCAGUGCAUAUUCUGACCCACAACCACCAACCCGUGUCGAUCCACCUUUCCCAGUGUUAUCCAGACCAGCGUUCUCCCCUCCACCUCCUGCACCUUCGUACCCAACCCCUCCGCUUCCCACCUACAUGAGCCCACCUCAGUCUAUCCAUUCAAACCCACCACCCUCCACCAUGUCUGUCACAUCACCUCCUCCCACCCCCACCUACUACGCUCCCCCGACUGCACCUCGGCCAUUGUUUGUCCCUCAGUUCUUGAGCGAGAGAAGGUCGCUGACUCCCAUUCGUACGGGAAUUCUGGAUGAAGGCGUUGUGCGGAGGUCCACGCGCAAGUCCAUGUUCACGUUUCAGGAGAAGCCCAAGUUAGCUCCAAACCCUGAGCUUCUGUCACUGGUCCAGGGGACAGAUCAGAUGAGAAGAGGGAGGGGACAACCAGAGCCACAACAGCCAGAAGAGGAGCUGCUUGCCCUUGGUGCAGAGGCCUCCAAUUUCCUAGCCAAAGAUGGGGGCGGAGUGGAGGAGGCCUUGGUGCCAGAGUGGGCCUCCACACUCAAAAGCUCAAGGACUCGCAGCAGGAUGGAGCACAAGCCAGAGCAAGCCCUGACUGAUGCAUCUGGUAAGGGAGCAGAGCUUUUUGCCAAGCGUCAGACCAGGAUGGAGAAGUAUGUCCAUGAACACAAAGCCGGUCCGAGGUCUCCUUCUCCGACUUCAUCCCUGCCUCCUUCUUGGGUGUAUCCAUCAAACAUGCCGGGUCGAGUCAAGGCUAUCGUCAGCUCUUCCAAUAUCAGUGCAGAGAUUACGAAAUCUCUCAAAGUCAAGCAGGCCACGCAGAAGAAGAAUGUUCCAGCAAAGAUACAAGUAUCUAUUCCACCUCCAGUGCCAGAAACCCCAGCUUUGGAGAAUGGCUGCAGCAGAGUGGAAAUGGAACUGUCUAGGCACCAACCGUACCAGCUCAGUUCCUCCUUGUUCAUCCUUAACCCAACCAAGGACCCCAUGAGCACCCUUCCAAAAGCAGCACCACCACCAAAACCUGUACUGGCUGGAUCCUCCUUCCCCAGACAGACCUCUCUCCCAGCAAGCCCCAUCACCACCCAGUACAGUCCCUCAGCUGCCUACAUAUCUGCCCAUUGCUUCUCACCCACCAUGAUGCCUCCAGGGUCCAUGAGCAGUGGCCUCCAGUCAACUCCUGUGUCAGGUUUAGCGCCAGAACGUGUGGCUUCACCGAGGUCGGCUGCACAGGCACCCAAGCCAACCUUCUCUGCCAAGAAAGCUGGAAUUGCCCCACAGGUUAAGGAAGAGUUACCAACUGCAGCUCCAUCCAGCCGCUCAAGCACUCCAACGCCCUGGACGCCCAACCUUUCACGCCGCCUCAGCAGCCCUGAGGGCCCCUCGAGUCCAGUUUGGUCCCCCACCAGCCAUCGCAGCACUUUGGUCACCUCCCCACCCCCUAGACCCAUCCAUAACCGAGUGACAUCCUCCCCAUCCCCUUCUUCAUCAUCCCCAAGACCCUUCUAUGAUCCGGUUACCUUCUCACCAACCCCAAAGUCAAUCAAAAACCCCAUCACCUCCCCUACAACCCCAAGAGCAUUCCAAAACACCAACCCAGUCCCACCAUUCUCCAGGCCUGUCAACAACCGCACUGCCACGUCUCCAGUGUCUCCACCCUGGGAGACAAGGUGCCAAUCCCCCAUCAGCCCCCAGGACACCAAGGCCAAUCACCGCCUCCUGGCCAAGAACAUCAUCAAUGCAGCCAAGCGGAAAAACAGCCCCUCACCUGGGGCUCUAAGUGGACACAGUCUUCCUAUGUCACCUGUAAGCAGCAGCAUCCUGCCCUUCGAACACAAACCUGUGAGUCCAUUUCAGUCUCGCUCACUGGGGGCCCAGUCCCCAACCUUCACCAGCCCCCCGCCUACUCCUACAGGCAUGGUGCGGUCCCCCCUGCGACUCUACAACACCCGGUCGCUCACCGAUUCUGAUGCCUCGCUGGAAUCCGAGGAUUCGGGUGUGCGUUCAUCUGGGGUGCGCAGCUACAACACCUGCCCACGUGGCUGGACUGGGAGUCUGAGAGUGAAAAGAGGAGGAAUGUCCGAAGACCUGUAGGAUGAAAGGGCUAUGGGAGAUGACAAACUGAUGCUGGAUGACAAACUGAUAAACUGACAAACUGGCCAAGACAGUGGACCAAAUGUUGAUGGACCACCUGCAAUGGGCUUCAACUACCCUCUUGGAAAUGUACCUGCCUAAAGAGUUAAAGUCCAAUCCCAAACUUGCUAUGCUACCUUGCUACCUUGGAUGUUCCUCAGUUGCAAUAUCCUAAAGAAUAGACUUGUGUACCUGGGAUUAACCUUCUUGUCAAGUGACCAGGCAAAAGCAAACAAGACUUUAAGAUGUUGACUGCUAAACAUAGCUUCUUACCAAAUGUGGGACCAAACUUUCAUAGUCAAAUAUUGGUUGUACCAAGUGAACUAAAAUACCUGGCAUUCUUGUGAUUUAUGGGAACUUCAGUAUUGUUUUGAUAUCAAGCCUCAAACUCAUGUCAUUAUUCUACCAGUGCAAUUAAUUGUAAUGCCUCAAGCAUUUCACAUUUAGGUUGAAGCUCAAUGCAAGCAGAAAAGUUGAUUGGCCUUAUGGCCAAUGAAGUAUAGAACAAGUCUCAAACAGAUACAAGCUCCUGUCAGUACUCAACCUAUGCAGUUUAAUGAAACAUAUUUUUUUCAAAUUUGGGAUGGACCUUAACUCUGCAGGAAGGUUGGAUAACUUGAUGGCCAAUGGAGUAUAGAACAAGCCUCUAACUGAUGCAAGCUGUUGCGAGUACUCAACCUUUUUGGUUUUAUGGAAUGGAUUUGUACGUUGUGUUUCAGAUUUGGAUUUGAACUCUACCCUGCCCAAAGGUCCAAAGGGCUGCUGGCCAAUGGAAUACAGAACUUGUCUGCAACUGAUGCUACCUUUUUAUGUCAAUGGGACGGAAUUGGAGCUAGGCAUCAAGCAAGUCAACAAGCCCUUAGUAUGGUUCAGCUUUGGGUUGGACCUCAACUCUGUAGGGAGGUUGAAAGGGUGGAUGGCCAAUUGAGUACAGAACAUGGAUUUGGAAGCUGGUCAUCAGACAAGAUUUGGGUUGAACCUCAACUCUGCAGGAAGGUUGAAAGGGUUGAUGUCCAAUUGAGCAGCGAAUGGACUAUAAACUAGAGACUCUUGGGCCGUUCUAUUCCUGCUGUUUUAAUUCCAAAGUGGCCUUUAAUUUCAGAAUGUAAUGCUGGAGUUUGGGAUUUGCUAACUGCCAGUGUUGAAGACUUGGGUUUAUGAAGCAAUAAUGAAAAUACUUUAUCUUCUAAUUCAGUGGCAUUCAGUCCCAGUCAUCAAGACACCAACUUCACCCCUUUGCUUUGUGUUUUACCAACUCGUACACAUCUGAUUUAGCUCUUGAAGGGAUUGGUAAUGGGCACUUUUGCACCUGAAGACAUUUCUUCAAUUCCUUUGCACCUUACUGUAUACAGUCAGCAUGCUCAUGUGGUGUUCACACAGGCGAAACAUGGGCUAAGUGGGUUCCCAUGGACUUUGAAUGGAAACCAAGUUGGGCUUCCUAAUUUGGCCCCUAUUGUUACAGUCAACCUUAAUUCAUGGACAAAAGUUUAUGGUCUAAGUGUCUAAAGUUGGGCUUUUCUUACAAGCCCUACAUAGGUAUGUUACACGGGCAGUUAUUUUGAUAAUCUAUGCAGUACAUGGACUGGAACAGUUCUUAACCAAAGACAUUCCAUUGCUUCUAGUGACCAAAGAAAUAACCAACAUGCAAGAACCUUCACAGCAGUGCUAGAAGGUCUUAUUUUCUGUGUUGUCUCUUCUUGUAUAAUUCUAAAACAAGCUUUUUUUUUACAUAGAGUUGCUUUGCAAAGAUUUGAGAGUACAAGAACGUAGUUUGUGGAUGAAGUUUUGGGUCUGACACAAACCAAAUGUGGAAGGAAUCUAUUGGUACAUAAUGGAUGAUUGUCGUUUUUGAAAGUUUAAUAGGAUAAUAAUAACGAUGACAGUUGACAGUUGACAGUUCACUUUGGAUGUCAUGAAUGUUGUAUAUGAGUUACAGUAUGUACAAAGUUGAUGUGAGCUGGUGUUUAAACAAGGGAUUAUGGCACUAUGCUUUUCUUUUUUCGAGUGCAAACCAUAUGGACAAUGCUGGUGACUUGCAAUUUAACCGAAAACUCUGCAAUAUACUGUUUACAUGCCUAUGUGUCUGUAUAUACUGAUGAUUUUACCAUUCACAAUGCUUAAAAUAUGCAAAAAAUACAAGGUAAAGCAUUAUCGGGAGAAUAUAGAACUGAGUCUAGAGGCUUGCAUACUGAAUUACGUCAUGUAAACUGUAGAAAUAAAAAAAACAAAACAUAAUGGACUACAUUGCUAGAGCCUGUAAUUCACUUUGCCUAGCAUAUUACGGCUAAAUAAUGCACUUCAUUCACAUAAUGUUAAAGUUAAGAUGAGGGGGGAAACCAGUUUUAAUGGAAGUCAGACAUUUGGGAUAAGAACUUUUGGGAGGUUAGAGACCUGUAGAAGCAUUGAGCAAAAUAAGCCUCGGGUUUGGAAGAUAUUAACCAACUUGCUAGUGGAAUAUUGGUAUUAAUAUUAAUAUUUUAUAUUAAUUUACAAGGCCAAUUACCUUAUCAUCAUUAGGACUCCCCCUAUAAUGCCACAAAACCAGGAGGGUGAAGACUAGCACAUGCCUCCUCUGAUACAUGUAAAGUCAGACUCCGCCUCUUUUUGAACUGCUGCUGAUGCAGCAUUACUGAAUAGCAUCACAGUGUGCUCGGAGGAAAGCGCAGCGACUCGGUUCUGAUACAUCAGCUCACAGAUGCAGCCUUGUGCUGAUCCACAUCACCCUUUGGAGUGAUGUAGGGAUAGAGCGCCAUCUACCCAUCUAGAGAGAGAGCAAGACCAGUUGUGCUCUCUCAGGGCUCCGGCAGCUGAUGGCAAGCUGCAUGACCGGGAUUCGGACCAGGGAUCUCCCGAUCAUAGUGGCAGCGCUUAACCUCUCAGACCACUCGGAGCCUGGUAUUAAUAUUAAUAUUAAUAUUAAAUAAGUAAAAUCGUACCUGUUAAGGUUGUUAUAACCAAGUUGGUUGAGAAUAAACAGAUUAAACAGAAACAAAUUAUCAUUGCUAUUAGACCUUCAUCUUAUGCUUUACACAUAGUACCAAAACUUUAACUAGCUAGUUAGUUAGUUAUCUAAAACUGGGGCUUCAAAAUACUUCAGCUAAAUUUAAAAGACCAGAAUGAACACUGUGGGAAACAAUUAGCACUAGCCUUUAUUAGCAAUUUGCAUUAUUACCAUUUCUGAAUGAGUGGAGGCAAAAAGCUGUAUGUUAGGACACAAAUGGUCAGGCCAACUAUGACAAACACUAAGUGUAUGUGAGGGUAUUUUCUUUUAUUUGUAACUUCACUUUUUGCACUUUUUGUACUCGACAGCAUGCAUGCAACUCAGCUGGUGUACUCCUCACAGAACAGACUGGAUUCUUUUAGUGGGUUCUCUCUAAAUCACAGAUAAUGUAAUAUAAUUAUAUAAUAAGCAGUCAUAACUAAGAACUAAACAUUCCUCACAUCAUAUGUCCUGCAUUUUAAGAGGAACAUUCACUGACAUGCCUGAAAAGUCAUGGGCUGGGAGUAUGUAAAUUGAUCAUGUUGUGAAGUAUUAUCUAAUUAGUGUAAAAGAUCCUCCUCCGAUUUUCUAUAUUUCUGUUUAUAAAUAAUGGUAAACCUACUGUUACAGUACCAUAUUUUUACACUAUAAGGCACAACAAAUGAUUAGGUGCAUUAUACGACACUAAUAAGGAACAGAGGUGUCUUAAUGUUUUACUUUUAAUUUAGCAGGACUCACCGCUAAGCUAAGUAAAGCUAAGCUAAGUAAGCAAAAAUGUAAUUCUUAAAAAAAAAAAAAAAAACAUUUUCAAAUGUUUCAAGCGCUGGAUGUUAAUCUACACAGAUUUCUCUCCUGAAAAAAAAAAUUGGCUGAUUAAAGCACUUCCGUUCAUUUGAAGUAAGCUUAGAUUUCCAGAUUUACACUAAGGCUAGGUGCAGCAACUUUAGCAUUAGUGGCUAACUGAUAUACUUGGUUAAUGGUGGUUAAUGGCUAAUGCUGCUUUAGCAGGGGUUAAAUGCAACGGUUUUAGUUGUGCUUUAUAGUGUGUAAAAUACGGUAAAUACACUAAUUCCCAGUCUAAGCGUUUGUGUUCAUACUACUGCAUGAUGGGCAGCACUGCAGAAAACCUGGCCAUUCAAUGCAGAAGGUAUAACCUCACACAUAUGUCUCACAGCUCGGUGUUCCUCAGCUUCCACCAUGGGACAUGCCAAAAGUCUUGGGACACGACACUAGUUCCUAUCCCAUGAAAUGUGGCAUGUCAGUGUAUGUUGGCAUCCCAGGACCUCAGCACAUGCAAAAGUGAUUCUUCUCCUGCUCCUGGAGCCCCGACACUCUAUAUUGGUACAUCAGCAGAUUGUCCAGCACUUACUUGUCCACAUGUCCUGACUGACAGGGACACCAGCUGCAGGGUGACUCGGCUCCCGAGGCUAGAAUAUCCUCCUUGGUCUGAGCGACGCUUUUCAGCCCUGUGUCAAAACCAGCACACCCCCUGCUAUUCAUCCCAACUUCUACAAGCACAUUUUUACACUAAAUAUCACUUUUUUUUAUUUUUAUAUCUUGGACUCAGUACCCCGCUCUCAUACGUGCUGUAAUUUAUAAAUAAACACAAAUUAAACAUU